AUGGGAGCGUGCGCGACGAAGCCGGCUGACCUCAAGGUCAAGGGCGAGGCGCCGUUGGUCGAGGAGAACGCCGCGGCGCCACUGGCGGCCGCCGACGAGAAGGCGAAGGCCGACGUGCUCCCGGUGGCCGCCGCCGAGGUCGACCAGGCCGAUGUCAGCCGCCGGAGGUCCCUCAGCGUCCUGCUCAAACAGGACGCGGAGGCCAGUGAUGGGGAGGCCUACCACCAAGAGGCAGAGAAGGUCAUGACUGAUGAGGAGGCAGCGAGUGCUGCCGCUGCCGGGGAAACGAUGGGAUCACCGCAGGCACCAGUCCAGACCUCGGUCGCAACCGAGCACGACGACACGGCCGAAGAACUCAAGGAUGAUCUUCCGAGUGGCGACGCGCAUGCGGCGGAACAAGAGAAACGGGUGGAUCCUGAAUCAGUCCAGGUUGCUGUUGCUGCUGAUGAUGCUGCUGCCCCAAGUUCUGAGGAAAGCAAGGUCGCUGAUGACGAUGAUGCCUCUGCCUGA